AUGGUUAGGGAAUAUGCUUGACUCUGGAAUAACAAUCACUUGUGAUGAAUUUUUUUGGCACCAGAGCAGAGCUGCCGUUUGCCAACCUGGGUAUAGCCUAUCUCCCCUCUCCCCCUCUUUCUAUCUGUUUCUCUGACACACACACACACACACACACACACACACACACACACACACACACACACACACACACACACACCAGGAGUUGGGGUGAGAGAGACAAAGCUGUGAUAAUCCGAUUAGGACCAAUUAGGCGUGAGAUUCUGCGACACUAGCUGAAAGCCUUAACACUCUGUAGACAGUUAUACAGUUAUAGAGACAUCUGGACACUCCCAGAGAGAGACAGAGAGAGAGAUGUGAGUGGUGUGUGUGUAUGUGUGUAGGGGGAGCGAGAGAGAGAGGAAGAGAGAGAGAGAUCUGGACACUCCCAGACAGAGACAGAGAGUCAGUGGAAGUGCAGCAGCCACUUCUCUCCAGAGCGGGAACUCACCCACAUCAGCAUCCUCAUUGCAGGUUCAGUUUUGCAGCUCAGAGAGGCGCCAGGAUGUUCUACUUCCACUGUCCGCCUCAGCUGGAUGGAGAGUGCUGUCGCUCCAACACAUUUCAAGCGGGUUUUGGCAACCACGCCCCGGCUGAUUUUGAUGAUGGAUUCCUACGCAGAAAACAGCGCCGAAACAGAACAACUUUUACUUUGCAACAGUUGGAGGCUUUGGAGGCUGUCUUCGCCCAGACUCACUACCCGGACGUGUUCACCCGCGAGGAGUUGGCCAUGAAGAUCAACCUGACCGAGGCCAGGGUGCAGGUUUGGUUUCAGAAUCGCAGAGCAAAGUGGAGGAAGACUGAGCGAGGGAGCACAGACCCUGAAGGAGGGAAAGAGCAGAUGAGUGAGGGAACUCCUCCAUCUCGCAGCAUCAACUCUCAGUCCCCAGUGGACCAGAGCAGGAAACAGAAAGAACCGCUGGAGAUGCAGCAGAGUAUCAACAGGACAGUGGGUCCUGGUGGUCCCUUCUUCCCAUCUUGUAUACCCGGGACCCUGCUCAAUUCUGCCACCUACGCCCAGGCCCUCUCACAGGUCGCCACACUGAAAGGUAAUGGCUUGUGCUCCUGCUGUGUUUCUGACCCCAUGGGCCUGUCCUUCCUGCCGCCCUACGGUUGUCAGGGCAACCGCACAGCCAGCGUGGCCGCCCUGCGCAUGAAGGCCCGCGAGCACUCGGAGGCUGUGCUGCAGUCUGCCAACCUGCUCGGCGCGGCGACUGGGCCUGGCACCAGCGUGGGAGUCCUGUCUGGGGUCGGCAUCAGCGCAGCCGGGGUGGCGAGGCCCACGGUUGGUCCCGCCAUUGAUGUGCACGGUGCCGUGGGAAGAGCGGGGGACAGCUCCAGUCCCAGCCCGGCCGCUAAGGUCCCGGCCCUGGCCAGCAGUCCUGACAAACACCCUCACUGCUCCAAGGAAUCAGACUGGAGAAAAAGUGAGCCGCUGGACCUAAACAUGGAUACUCUAAAUCUGUGUGAUUGUGCCUGUUAUUACUACUCUACUCUACUCUACUCUGGUCCUAUGAGCAACUAAGCACAACUACUGACUGACUCCAGAAACAGCCAGGAAAAGACUUUGCUGAUGACACAAUGUAUGGAUGCAAACAAUAAAUAUUUAUUUCACGGUAAAUUAUUAUUGUUUGUGAGAAAUGCUGAAUAUCUGGGGCCUUGUUAUCCCCAUUAAAGCACAAGUGUGGUUUUGGAUCUAUAGUCUGUCUUCAUGCACUCUUGGACUCUAUUUGAUGGACUAACAUAGAUACAACAUGUGUGCAACAAAGACCUAUUUGAUAAUGUGAAUUUAAGUAAUCCUGAUACAGUUCCUCUUGUUUUCAUAAAGAGGACAGAUGCUUACAUUGUGAAUGUUAAUGCAUGUAAACUGUGAGUGUAGAACUAAUGGCAGGACAGUGAGGACUUCACAGGAGUUUGGCAAUAUAAUGUUUAUGCCAUCGGGUCAGUAAUGGGCUCAAACAAUCGUCUCUCAUUCUUUGAUUUUAAAGUGAAAGUGCACUUUAAUAUUAAUCAGCCAUUUUCAGUGUAAAUGUGUACAUGUGCCAGAAUACAGUAUGUUCGUGUGUGAACCCCAGGCAGGCUGAAGCAGACUCAGUAGUGACAGAGCGGCGGUUGUCCCUUCUCCCACUCUGUUAGCACAUCUGUAGCGCCAGCAGACAGGGAACACACCAGUCCUGUUGUGACAUGUUCUUUAAAACAAUUAAAGAUGUAGUCGCUCAUGUUCCUCUCCUGUUGCCUCUCGCUCCAGCCAUCUGUUCUGAUACAUUAUUUAUCAGCUUCCCUUAAAGCCGGGAGAGGAGAGCAUUCGUGAUGCUUAUUAUUUAUUUACUUUUAGGAACGCUUGCCCUCUCUCUUCCUCUCUUCCCCUCUCUCUGAGCAGUUUUUAAUAAACCGCAUUAAACA